UGUGAGCACUCCCUGGGCUGACUGUGGGACACAGCAGGGACACAGCAGGGACAGGGACACAGCAGGGACAGAGCUGUCGGGGCUGGCUGAGCAGCACCUCACCUGGAUCAGCUCUGGCUCCCAGAGGCUGUCCCAGCCCCUCUCCCCAGGUGACUCAUCCCAAACCUUCCUCCUGCUGUCCCUCCUGCUGUCCCUCUGUGCCACUGCUCCUCCUCAGCUGUGCCCGGGCUCGGAGCCACCUGGCUGUGCCCUCCUCAUCCCCAGCACGUGUCCCAGUGCCUGUCCCUGCAGGACCAGAGCUGCGCUCCAGGAAAAUGGGGAAUACCCUGAGUGUGCCAGAGGAAGCUGAGGAUGACAAAACCUGCACAGUGAAGAGUUACCAGGCUCUCUCCGAGUCUCCUGACAGUAUUAAAAAUGGAUCUGUGGUGUUUGUUCAGAGCCCUCCCCUGGCAGGGAAUGGUGAAGCAGCUGCCGAGGCGGGUUCUGGACGGGAUAGCGCGGCCGUUUCCCCGGCGGAGCCAGCGGAGCAGCGCGGCGCUGCCCGGGCGGGCGGGAGCGCUGCCAGGAGGGCCGAGCCGGCUGCCAGGCCCCGCUCCGUGCUCGCCUUUCCCUGGGCUGUGCCAGGGCGUGCUGAGCAGCCAGCGCAGCCUCCAGCCCCCGCACAGCCCGCUCCCGAUGCCACCGGCCUGAACAAAGGUCCCAGUGAGGGCGCAGAGGGGCCUGGGGCGGCUGAGGCCCAGGAGGGAAGCCAUAAAAACCUGGGCCAGGCCCCGCUCCAGGACGUCGAGCUCGAGGGGACACCUGAGGGACACGAUGUGGCCGCCCCAAAGGCCAAAGCACUGACGCUCUUCGACAGGAUCUUCAGGCCGGAGAAGGGCAAGGGAAGGACACGAGGUGACCCUCAGGAGGGAAGGCAGGGCUUGGACGUUCCCAACGGGAACCCCGCGGCUGGCGCACCCAACGAGAUCCCGCUGGACGAGGAGAUAGAUGAGUGCACCCAAAAGGAGCUUGGGCAGGACUCUGCAGGUGAACAGGGCCCGGCUGCUGCAGCCCCUGGGAGGACACAGGUAGAGCAGGACAGUCCCCAGGCAGCUGCAGGACAGGGCUCAGUCAUGAGCUUCCUCAAAACACUGGUCUCCCCAAGCAAAGCUGAAGCCAAAAGUGAUUCUGAAGACAAGGGCUCCAAGGCGGAGAAGGGCCCAGGGGGGCAGCCGGGCCCGAAGGCAGCGGCAGAAUCCCCCUCCAAAGGAGCCAAGAAAAAGAAGGCAGAGAGCCCCAAGCUGGGCCACAGCACCUUUAGCAAACUCUUUAGGCACAAGGCUGCAAAGGAAACCCAGCAGACAACCAACACCAAAAGCCCUGAGCAGCCUCCUGUCACCUGUGUAAAAGCAGACAGAAAUGUCCCUCCCUCCCAAGAGCCGCCGGCCAAGCAGAACCCGAAAGCUCCGGAGGCCGCGACCCCUGCGCAGGGAGUGGGCACUGAAACCCCCCGAGAGGCCACCAAGGACAAGGGCUCGGCCACUCCUCUGCCCCUGAGCAAGCUCUUCUGGAAAAAGAACUCCUCGGAGGAAGCAGAGGCCGUGAGCAAUGAGAAGGCAGAGGCGGCUCUGGAGGCGGUGGCUCCCGACAGGGACGAGAGCAAGAGCUCCGAGAGCGCCGAGCUGAAACCGCGAGGGGCGGAGAGCAAAACGCCCAAAGCAAACCUGAGGAAGUUUUUUAAGCUGUCAGUCAAAGGUGAUGGAGGGACCCCCAGUUCAGAAGAGGGAGAUGGUCCCAGCCCCAGACACCACGGAUGGUUUGAUCUCGCAGUCUUUGCUCAUGGAAUUCCAUCAGCUCCCUGGGAUCCCUUCCCUGAGCCAACACUGCAGGAGCUCAUCCCAACCCCUGUAAAUGAAAACCUGCUGGGCAGCAGGACGAUUCCUCCCUGCCAGACUUUAAAUGCCACAGAGAAGCCUCUUGCCCCAUCUGAGAGCGACCCUGGGGGCCAAAGGAGCAAAGAGAGCUCCAAAGACAAGAAGUUCACGGUGGAGCUGGGCAAGCAGAAGGGCAGGGAGCAGCCAGAGCCCCAGGAGCAGCCAGCAGCCGACCCCGACUCCAUCCAGAACGGGGGAGACGCCAAGGAACCCUCCUACAAGAAGACAGAGAAGAGGCAGUCCCUCGGAGGCUUUUUUAAAGGCCUUGGCUCCAAGAGGAUGUCGGAUGCAGAAGUGCAGACAGAUCCCGUGUCCAUCCUCCCCGCUGGGAAAUCCAAGUAGUGCCAGGCUGUGGCUGCUGAGGGGAGGCUCAGCAGCUCUCUGGGAGCUCCUGGCAGCAGAAAUGCCUCCUUUUCCUUCCCACGGCUCUCAGCAAACGCCUGAGGCUGCAGCAAACACCGGGGUACCAUUGCAGCUUGUCACUGGCAGGUUUGUUCCUCACCUGGAGAAAGCAGCUCUAAAGACCCCCAAGAAAUGUGUUUAAUGUAAGGUGGUGUGGGUGGUUUGAAGUGUGGAGAGGGGAGAGUAAGUCAGGCACGAGGGUGGCAGAGAAUUCAAUAAAUGGCAGAAAAACAAAGGAUGUGACAAAGGAGAGCAGCGAGGCACAGGCAGAGAAUCCUCCACUUUAGAGAGCUUGAAAUCAGCCAGGAAAAACACAAAUCCCCUUGGAUAAAUCUUCUGCUUCCAUGGAACAACAGCCAAGUCACUUCUGGUGGGGUUUCGAUGGAGCUGAAAUCAAAGCUGAACCCUUCAGCCUGAGAGAAUCCGUGGUGAUCAAGUCCUGCUUCCUGUUGGUUAUUAAUGUAAAUUAAAACGCUAAAAUGCAAAGGCUUGAGGUGAUUGAGGCAGCUCCUCUCUUGGCCGGGCGAGGUGGGAUAACAAAUUAAAAGCUAUUUAAAGUUCUAAUAGGACACAAGAGGGCACCCACGUCCCCUAACGCCGGGCUGUGCCUGCCAGCCGGGAAUUAAUGGUCCUUAGAUCAUAGGAAACUUACUUGUUCAUCCUGAUAUUUGUUUAUAGUCGUAAUUAAUCCUAAUAAAAACCAAAAUCAAAGCUGCUCAGGCAGCUCUCUGCUUCACAAGACUCCCAUAAUAACUACAGUUAAUAAAUUUUACAGAAAAUUAAGAUUUCUGUUCGUUCAAUCCUAGCCUGUACAGGGAACCAGGGGCCUGACAUUUUAAUCAACACUGAUCUUAAUGAUACAAUACUGUAUAUUUUGACAUCCUUAUCUUUAAAUAAACUAAUACUUAUCCUUUGAAAAAAAAAA